AUGCAAACUCCUGCGCUCUCCAAGAAGAAGGGCAAGGCGCAUAAGGGCGAGCACGAGGAGCCAGCCCACGAGACGAAAGCCGUCGACUCCAAAAGCCCCAAGCCCAACCCCGAAGACGCCUUCAACUUCGCCGACGUCGAGCUCGCCUACAAGCGCAUCGACGAGCACCACGAGGACAAGCUGAAGAAGCUGCGGAUCGGCGGGCGCUUCAACCCCGACGUGGUGGGCGCGCUGCGCGUACGGCCAGACAAGCACGCGAGCGACACAUACCCGCUGCGGGAGCUGGCCCAGGUGGCGCACAAGGGCGGGCGCAACGUCAGCAUCCUGGUCAACGAGGCCGAGUACAUCAAGCCGAUCAUGAGCGCGGUGCAGGCGAGUCCGGACUUCAACCAGCAGCCGCAGCACAACCCGGACAACGAGCUCGAGCUGCUCAUCAAGAUCGUCCCCGAGAACCCGGACGAGCAGGCCAAGCGCGUCAAGGAGGUGUGCCACACCUGGCGAGAGCAGAUCCGCGACCAGCUGCGCCGGCGGUCCAAGGACCAUGCCAAGUGGAGUGCCGCGAAGCUCGUCACGGCGGACGAUGUGCGACGGCUGGACAAGGAGGUCAAGAAGCUGCAGGAUCAGCAGAUGGCGGCGAUAGAUACAAAGGAGAAGAAGGCUCUCCAGGAGGUCACGUCGAAACAAAAUCGUCUUUAG